AUGGAAGAUCUUCACAUUCCUGUGAAACUUCCAAUUGAUUUAUUCUGUGACAAUAAGUCUGCCAUUUUAAUUGCUCAAAAUCCUGUUAACCAUGAAAGGACCAAACGCAUAGAAAUUGACAUUCACUUGAUCAGAGAGAAGGUCAAAGGUAAUCACUUGUCUCGGGUUGAAGAAAAUCAGUUUGACGGGGUUGUUAAGUGGGAUCCGUACGAUCAUGUGGAGAAGUUUGAAAAGGUUUGUCGAUUGUUCAAGUAUGGGGAGACUCAUAUGCCACAUGUUAAGCUUGACUUGUUUCCGUUGUCUCUCACGGGAGAGGCGGCAAAUUGGUAUAAGAAUCUCGAUGACAACAUAUUUGAAACAUGGCAAGAGUUAAGGGAAGGGUUCAUUGAGCGGUUCUUUCCGGCUCAAUUGGUUGAAACAAUGAAGUUGGAGAUUCGGGCGUUUAAGCAACUUAGUGGUAAGGAUUUGGUAGAUGCUUGGAAGAGAUUGAAGGAGUUGAUGAGAAAUUGUCCUGGGCAUGGUAUUCGAUUGAAUGAGCACAUUCUUAUUUUCUUCCGGGGUUUAGAUAGCCGUACUCAAAGGGAAUUGGAUUGGGCUUGUGGAGGUAACAUUAAUAAUGUAACUUACAACGAAGCCUAUAAGAUUAUGGAAGAUAUGGUUCGUACUAGUGUGAUUCGAGAAGCGGGUAGGACUAAACCGGAUCUUGUGAAAACGGGAAGAAGAAGUGUGGCUUGGGUGGAUAGUGGUGGAAGUAAUGAUGUUGUGGCUGAAAUUAAGGCAUUGGCAAGUCACAUGGAUAAGCAAUUUGCAAGCAUGGAUGGUAGGUUCGGGUUGAUUGAAAAUGAUUUGAAGACGGCGGUUGCGGGUUGUGAUAUUUGUGGUGAUAGGCAUUACACGGAAGAUUGUGAUAAAGCACCACGGAAUGAGGAAGUUGAUUAUGUUCAAAAUCAAUAUCAACCACCGUUUGCAAAUCGAGGGCUGUUUCAAAGGAAUGGAGCUUAUCAAAACCGGUACCAAGGUAAUUCUAAUUCUAAUUUUAAUUCUAAUGGUGCAGGAAAUUAUAGGUCCACAUUGGGAGCUUCAUGGCAAGGAAGAAAUCAAGGAGGUCCUUCGGUUCAACCGGUUGAAGUCGUUGAUCCAAACGCCGAACUUAGGGAUCUUGUGAAGAAGUUUAUGGUUGAUCAAGACAAGAAGAAUGAGAACUACCAAACCGAUAUCACCGCUUUGAAUGAUAAGAUGAAUCAAAAUAUCAAAAGUCAACAAGCGGCGAUCAAGGAUUUAGGAGUGAGGCUUGAUAGAAUGGGUAAUUCUAAUCAUCAACAAGGAUCUUUGCCAAGUAAUACUCAACAAAAUCCUAAGCCUUCCGGUUCGAAUGAUGAAGGUAAUAAGUAUCAACACCCUAAUGUUAGGAAUGAGCAUGUAAAUGCCAAAACUACUCGGUCGGGUAAGGUAGUUAAUUCUCCUAUUUCUAGUGCUACUAAUGUUCCUACGCAGGUUGAUAGUGAGGACGAAGAAGAUGAACAAGUUGAUGAAGAGAUUGUAAUGGAGCCGAACCAAGCCGUGAAACCACUGACCGUUCCACUUACAUCUACUACACUGGUAGCUAAACCAACGGUUGUUGAACCUGAGGUGAAGGCAUACAAGCCUAAGAUUCCUUUCCCUUAG